CUCAGCAAUAGAACUAGCAAUUCCUGCUCCAUAUCCUUUAAUUUAUCCAUUUUCUUUACAAGCUCCAAAUUCAAGUGUGAACCAAUAAAGUGUUCCAAGUCUUGAUAAAUCUUUCUAUUCAGCUCCACAUGAUAAAAUUCCUAUUUCUUAAGAUAAGUCUGCAAUUUCUUUAUCAGCAAAUAAUGGUACAUGACCCUGAAAAUACAUUUAUGUUUUUACAAGAACUUCAUGAAUGAUAUCUGGCUCAGGAGAAUAUUCUGGAAAUGAAUGAUGUCUGAUGUAUUGUGUGCAACAAAAUACUCUAUGACCAAGAGCAUUUAAAAAUUCUCUUUGACUAAGGAUUCCAUGUGUA